AUGCAGAUCCUGAUGAUCAAUGCAGAUGGGAUCAGGGAUGGGAUGUGUAAUCAGAUGUGUAAUCAGAUGUGUAAUGUUGAGCAGAAUGUUGAGGGGGAUGAAGACUACCCGGCGCAUGUCGGCUAUGGGAGGCAGAAGGUCGAGCAAGAGGAGAAGGCUGGAGGGAUCAGACACGAAGACAGAGAGAGAGAAUACGAAUACGACGGAAGCUAUGCGAGUACGGGCGGCACCGAUCCAAUGCAAGAAAAUGCGGGGGCGGCAGCAUAUGCGAGCACGGGCGGCAGCGAUCACAAUGCAAGGGAUGCGGGGGGAGGAGCAGAAGGCUUAGACGGUGGUGAGGAUGAUGUGCGAUGGGAGAUGGAUGACGAGCAUGCGGGCGCGUGCUCUGCGUCGAUCAUGCAGGGGCACUUGGAUGCUGUCGGCUGGUCCUUGGACAUUGACUCGGAGGAGGGACAGCAACUUCCCGCCCCACGUGAGAUGGUGCGUUAUUGA